GGAAUGGAAUUAAGGAGGAUUGGAAAUUCAAAAGAGCAAAUUGGAUCUCAGUCUUGCUCUAAAUAAAGUGAUGAUCAUGAAUAUUACACAGUAAAAUGCUGAAACUAAGCUAAGACACCAUAAAUCAAACUUUAGCCCUCAUUUCAUUGUCCAUGAAAAAAUUAACCUCUAUUUAUCUUUCUUUAAUACAGUUCUGUAAAUUAACAAGAACUGCAAGUUGUAAACUUUAAGACCUGAACUCUUUUUUCAAACAAUUGAAUGCAUAUAGCAGAAAAUUGGCAUCAGUGUAAAAGCAGCUGCAUUACAUUCCAAAUAUUGCUCUAUUUAAAGCAUCCCAAAGCUCACAGUAACAACUGCUGAGGCAAACCUUAAAACUUGUCAAUAAAUCCAGUGGAGGGAGGAAUGGCAGAACUAGGGGAAAUCCCAUACUCGCGUCUUGUUGUACCUGCACUUCUCAUGGUUGGCUGGAUUGUGGGUUGUGUACUAAUGGUUUACAUAGUCUUUUCUUGAUAAAGAAAAGAAGAUUUCACAAUGACAUUGAUUGGAAGAAUCCAGAAGUUAAAUGGAAAUGUCUAGUCCUUACAACUUGUACAGUGCCUAUUUUAUUUUAAUACCACAAUGUAGGCAUGAUAUACACUUUCUAUCUACAACAUAGAUAUGAGAUUAGUUCAGAUACUUCUGAAUUGAGUGGUUUUUGGAGUCCUGUGGUAGGUCAGGUAUUUGCCUACCCUCCAAACCACUAGUUCCUAGCCACCUUGAAAAUCAGCCUCCUUGGAACUAAAAAGUCCAGAAUCCUUAUUUUUGGUGGUGACAAACAGUGCCAAAUGGAGUUGGUGACCUAGAUACAUAAGUAAACUAUGUGGGAUGCAAGACACCUCUAACCAGUACAUGGAUCACCUUUAAUGUCUUGCGGUAGAAAAGAAAUAGUAAAUUAAAAAAUAAAUUGUAGAAAAGAAUCCCUAACUCUGGAAUAAUGUUUCCUCUCUAAAUAA